UGGGAAGGCCGCAUACUGCGGGGUGUGAAGGGGCCGGAGCAGCUGAAGAGUUGCGAGUCGGCGAAACCGGCGGGAAGUUCGUAUUGAGCGGAAGGCGACGGGUCUGCAGCUCGGGAAAUCCUCUGAAAAGGAACAAGGAGAUUUGAGACACAUCGAUUUCAUAUUCUCUGAAACUCGGAGACUUCUUUUACUCUGAACCAGAAAAUAAGAGGGGCUGCCAAGUGCAGUGAAGGUAUAUACAUAGAAGAGGAAUUGUUGGGUCAGGUAGCAGCUGCUGCAGAACAGAUUUCAGAAUGGCUGAAGCACUGGCCCAUGUGUGAGAACUCCACUUGCUCCACCCCCUUACCAGCGCUCAGUGCGUCAGCCUCUCGGGCUUGAGAUCUUCACAACUUCUAGGGGAUAGUGAAAAUGCCUCGUGUAAAAGCAGCUCAAGCUGGAAGACAGGGCCCUGCAAAGAGACGUCUUGCAGAACAUUUUGCAGCCGGGGAGAUAAUCACUGACAUGAACAAAAAGGAAUGGAAACUAGGAUCAUCCAUUGGCCAAGGUGGCUUUGGUUGUAUAUAUCUUGCUGAUGUGAAUUCUUCAAAAUCGGUGGGCAGCGAUGCACCCUGUGUUGUAAAAGUGGAACCCAGUGACAAUGGACCUCUUUUUACUGAAUUAAAGUUCUACCAGCGAGCUGCCAAACCAGAACAAAUUCAGAAAUGGAUUCGUACCCAUAAACUGAAGUACCUGGGUGUCCCUAAGUAUUGGGGGUCUGGUCUACAUGAAAAAAAUGGAAAAAGUUACAGGUUUAUGAUAAUGGAUCGCUUUGGGAGUGACCUUCAGAAAAUAUAUGAAGCAAAUGCCAAAAGGUUUUCUCGGAAAACUGUCUUGCAGCUAAGCUUAAGAAUUCUGGAUAUUCUGGAAUAUAUUCACGAGCAUGAGUACGUACACGGAGAUAUCAAGGCCUCAAAUCUUCUUCUCAGCUACAAGAAUCCUGACCAGGUGUACUUGGUAGAUUAUGGCCUUGCUUAUCGGUACUGCCCAGAAGGAAUUCAUAAAGAAUACAAAGAAGACCCCAAAAGAUGUCACGAUGGCACGAUUGAAUUCACCAGCAUCGAUGCGCACAAUGGUGUGGCCCCAUCAAGACGUGGUGACCUGGAAAUCCUUGGUUAUUGCAUGAUCCAGUGGCUUAGUGGCCAUCUUCCUUGGGAGGAUAAUUUGAAAGAUCCCAACUAUGUUAGAGAUUCCAAAAUUAGAUACAGAGAAAAUAUUGCAGGUUUGAUGGACAAAUGUUUUCCUGAGAAGAACAAGCCAGAUGAAAUUGCUAAGUACAUGGAAACAGUGAAAUUACUGGAUUAUGCUGAAAAACCUCUUUAUCAAAAGUUACGAGAUAUUCUUUUGCAAGGACUGAAAGCUAUAGGAAGUAAGGAUGACAGCAAGCUGGACCUCAGUGUUGUGGAGAAUGGAAGUUUGAAAGCAAAAACAAUAACAAAGAAGAGAAAGAAAGAAAUAGAGCAGAGCACACAACCUGGUGUCGAAGAUAUGGAAUGCUCAGAUACACAGACAGAAGAGGCCACACAAACCCGAGGUGGGGAGUCCCAAGGAGCAGCACAUCAAAGCAUGUCUCAGCCAGAGGCAGCAGCAGCGGCUGUGGCAGUGAGUGGGAGCAAAGUUAAGGAGCGCUUAUGAAGAUAGAGUAAUAUUCUUACUCAAAUCCCUUACAUUUUAAAACGGGAGAUUUUAGUUUAAGAAAGGGCUUACGUUGUUAUAGUAAAGUUGAUACCCAUUUAGACCAAAGCCAGUUUCCAGCUGUGCAUAGGGAAGACUCAUGUGUCUCCUCAUGCCUAGAGGUCAUUUGUUAUCUGAACUUUGCUUAGUGAGCAUCAGAGGUAUUUGUUUUGAUACAUACGUGAUUUUAAAUUUGACUGUAAUUACGAAAACUGUUUCUUACACCUAAAAUUUUAAUUUAAGGUCCUUAUACUGAUGGUUUUUACUGUGAGAAAAUAUAUUAGUAUUUUUGUUUUAUUUAUUAAUGACAAAAGAAGAGAGUAGACCCCAUCACUAAUUUAAAGAGAAUAAUCCAGAUUUCUUUUUGAUAUUAAAAAAUGAAGAUAAAAAAUAAUCAAAUUCUCUUUUAUUCAUAUAAACUCUAAAUUGCUUUAAUUAAAUACUGUUCCAAUUGUAAUUCUUUUUCCCCCCCUAAAGUAUAAGGCUAGUUAAGGUAUUUUACUAUCUAAAUAUUCAUAAAUGAGAGAAAUAUUACCUGAGGUAGUAAAAUGUUAUUGCUUCUAGCAAAGAAAACUAAAGCGAUCCAAGGGUUCAUGAAAAUGUAUGUUUAUGUAUUCAUCAGUUUAAAGUAACCUGAAUGAGAAGGCACAUUAUUACAUUUGAAGUUUUUUAAAGAAAUAUAUAAUUCAGUGAAUUCUGUGUUUUAGAGCUUUAAGAUUUUGUGUCAGAAACAUGUUUCAAGAAUGGUCACCUCUAACAGCUGCUUUAGAAAUGUCAGUUUCUUCAUUAACAAUUUUAUUUUCAAACACGAUUUAUGGUUUACAUAUGGUAAGAGAUUUUUCUCACGGUGUGAUCUCUCAGAAUGCUGUGCCUAGCAAAAUGGGGACAACUUUCCUUUAAUAUCUAUUUAGACCAUUUAAAAAACGUGUAUAAUUUUCUCGAUACACCUAAACUCAUUUUGAGUAGCUGGGCGUCUAUUGUGUAAGAACACAUUUUGAAAGCUUUCUAAUGUGUCUUGUGUAGGUCUUCUCAAAGAAAGAGAGGGGUGAGGGGUCGUUUUCAAGAAGAACAGAGGCCUCUAAUCCUUGUAGUUUUAAGCAAGGCAUGAUUUUUACCAAUUGAGAAAAUUUGGUAAUUUGCUCCAAGUAAUUUUUUCCCCACAAAAUGAUAAACCUUUAAAAACUACACAUAUUCUGGCAUUUCAAAACCAGGCCAAUAUUUCAGAACUGUACUAAAAAUUAGUUAAUACAGCCAUGAUAUUUAUGGCCAGUAUACUUUGUCCCUACCGUUCAUACAACAGACAGAACUCAACAGCCUACUCUUGGUGGUGUUUUUGAAGUACCUUGGAUUUUGGACCAUUCUUGAGGAUUCUUUGAGGAAAGCGUGACUUAUGUUUACCCCUUGAAUAGUUGCGGUCUAGUCAAGAAAGAGAUAUUUUUAAGGCACCCUACAAAGAAAUUUCCCACUUGUUUUUUUCCUUCUGCAUUAUAAAAUCAUAGAAGAGUAUCCCAACCUUGUAUAUUUUAUUUUUCAAGUAUUAAGUUUUACACAUUAGUCUUAUGAUUGGGCCUUUUGCCACUAGUAAAGUAUUAUGAAAAUGAGUAUAUAUUUACUAGUAAAGUAUUAUGAAAAUGAGUAUAUAUGGGACGGGAGGAGAAAUAGAUUUUUUUCUGCAACAGUCAGAAUUGAUUAUUAGGAAAAAUACUGAACUGAUAAAGUCUCUAAGUUGCAUAAUAUGAUUAUAUAAUAAGUUGCAGGUGGUGAUGGCAUUCUUAGUUGCAGUGAAAAACUUUAAAUCUAGAUUGAAUGGGGAUAAGCAGUAACGGAAUUUAAUCUAAGAGUAAAAUGUCAAAUUAGGACAUUAAUGAGAAUAUAGCGAUAAUCGUUGACUUUAGUG